AUGCAUCAACGACAAGUGGAAGCCGAUGUUCUUCACGAACAACAGCAUCAACAACAAUCAAAAGAACAACAAAAAGAAGUUAUUAAAAAGAAUGAACGAGUUUUAUUUGCUAAUAAGUUUAAUAAUUUGACCAAUUCAGAGUUAUACGCAUUUGAUCUUCAACUUACGUUAUUACGAACAGCAUAUGAAAGUUAUAAGCGUGAAACAGUAUUUAAACCAAUACCAAAUUUUUUAAACGGUUUUGAUACUGAAAAACUGUUAAAAAUAUUUCGUCUUCCACCAGUAACGACAUUCAUUAGUGUUAAUGAACAAUUAGACGAUGUACAAGUUCAACUAUUCAAUUGGUUAUUAACAAAAGAAACAUUUAAACUCAAUACUGUACCAGUUGAAGUGGCAUUAUCAUUUGUUAAACAUCAAUUACCUAUUCAAUCACCUGAUUAUGUAUUCGAAGUUGUUUAUAGUAAAUAUCGACAAGAACGAUUUGAACAAUUAACUGAGAACAAUAAGUAUAAUAUAACAUAUGCUUAUCAUGGUACACGAUUGGAUAAUUUACAUUCAAUUUUACAUACUGGUUUUCUCGGACAUUUAAAUAAGUUAUCACUAUUUGGAUGUGGUACAUAUUUUUCAUUUGAACCUUCUGUAUCCCUUCAUUAUAGUCCAUUUUCAUCCGUAUGGGCAAAUAGUCUAUUUGGAAAACGUCUUAGUUGUUUACUAUUAUGUGAAAUUAUUGAUGAUCCAGCAUAUGUCAAAUGUGCCACAGAGAAUGGACCAGUAUCGCGAAGGCAAGCCAAAGAUUCUCAAGCUGGUGCUGUGCCUGAACAAUAUGUGGUUGUGACAAAUAAUGAUUUGGCACGAGUCAAAUAUAUUUUAGUUUAUUCCGAACCAAACGAUUCAAUAAGAAUAGAUAUGGACAAAAGUGAUCAACAACCGCAUACAAGAUCAACGACACAUAUUUUUAAUACGGAUGGUUUAUCACAGUUACAAGUAGAUGUAUCAGAUGCAGAUUUUAAUAGUUCAUCUACAUCAUCGACAACAACUAUUAGUACAAUAGCUGUUCAAGCCGGAGAUGCAAGAAUUGUAUUGGCUAUAUUAAGAUUAAUCACAGCGGCAAAUGUAUAUAUUAAAGUAUCUCAGUACUUUGAUGGACUUGAACAAGAGAUAUUUGAUAUUAAUACAAUGUCAUGUGAUGCUUAA